CUCACUCUCACUCUCCCUCUCUCAAUGAUGAGCUCCAAAGUCUUGAUGACUUACUUCAAGAGCUGCAGGGAGAGGAGGAAGCAGCACCAGUAAAAACACCUGAACCAAGGGUACAUUGGAGAAAAAGAGACAGUGAUGGAAACAUUGUCUAUGCAAGACCAAGAUCAAGCAGGAAUAAGUCAAACGAGGCUAAUCACAUUCAGAAAACUGAUCCUCACAUCAGUGCUCCUGACACUAACUGUGAGGUGAACUUUUCUCCAGAGACUGUUGAGUGUUUAAUGCAAGAUCUCCAGCAUUCACUGAGCGAUUCUUUAGAUGAUGAUGCAUCAGCUCUUUGAACCUCAAGAGAUCCUCUCCUAGUUACCUCAAACUGGAGUACAAGACAAAGUCUUAUUUCAGAGAAGUGGAGGGCAGAGAGACCCCGCCUGGUGAACGCGGCUGUGGCACGAGAAAAUGUGGUAACGCACAUCUGCCAACUGUGUGGAAGCAAUCCGGCUGCUGUCCGGUGUUGUGACUGUCGACAACGCCCCUUCUUUUGUGCUGAAUGUGAUGUCAUCAUGCACACCAGACAUGUUCUCCAUAACCGAGAUGCCAUGACUCCUGGAUUCUACCAGCCAUUGCCUCCAGCAACUUGUGUUGUAGAUAAGGCUCUUUCCCAUUGUGUGCGCCAUGUGCGUGUGGAGGUUCCUGACACAAUUUGCGGUUGUUCACCAGAGUCAUUGAGGGUCAGCCCAGGGAAGACUGUUGCUGUGAUCACAAUGAAUGGACGAUAUGAUCUAAGCAUGCCUGAGUUGAGUUGUGAGGCAUGCCAAGCCACCUGGGCUGCUGGAGUGGUCGAGCUAAAUCGAAGGGCCUACUGGCCUGCGACCCUGGCAAGAUCUCCACAGACAGUUUUCAGAAAAGCUUUUUUGAGUGGGAGGCUGUCCGUUUUGAGGUGGACAAAAUCUGCAAGGAAGAGCCUUUCAUCUGUCCUGCAUGCACCCCAGAUAUUCUGGCAGUUUCAGUAGAUGGAAACCGCAAGCUUUACCGUUUCAAGAAUGCAGCUAGGUCAGUGGAAGAGGUGUUUGUGGAGGGGAGUGGUCAGCAGCCAGAGAGACCUCCCAAAGAUCUGCAAGCAAUCUGCAAGGUCGAUGAGGAGGGACUGGAGCUUGCGGUGUGUCGGCAUGGAGUGCUACUCUGUGCGUUAAAUAUGUACAGGGGGGAAAUUUUUGCUUAUCCCCUGUACCUGCAAAAACGGCUGGCUAGUAGGCAAAUCACUUUUUUUUGUAUGGAUGUGACCUGCAAAUAUUGGCCUUACCUCCAAAGAAUUGCAAAAAGCUGCCCAGAGCUCCAGCACCUUCUUAAUAUGAAGCCCUUUCUUUUAGUAUUCCAUGCCAAAGCCCAUGAUUUUAAGUGCGAAGUAAAAUGGAGUGGAGCAUAUCAGGAUGGGGCUGGUUUAACACUAGGAGAGGAGGUGGAACAGUGCAAUGCUUUCCUCUCCAGGAUUGCAGUGACCACAAAACACAUGUCUAAAGCAGGACGCACAGACAUGCUGACUCUCAUGGCCAUGCGCUGGAAUCAACAAAAGUUCAACAAUUUGGCCACCGCACUGAGCCGCCGAUAUCAGAAGACCAUGAAAGCUCUGCAAAGCCAGUUGCAAAACCUAGAGUCCAUGAAAGUUGAACUGACAGUGACAGAGAGCCAAUUGGAAGACUGGGUCAAUGAUGUAAAGGAGUGGGCAGACGCAACAACAACAACCACCACAAAUGAUGUUGAUGCUUUGGCCAGCAGAAUUGAGGUGCUGGUGGCGAGUAUCAAGAGGCGUUCCCAGCGUCUCUAUAAAGAUACAAAUGGCAACAAAGGUCGUGCCAGGAUCCGCCGCAAGAUCAGGGAAGAGAAGGGGAUCCUGACAUCAGUUGUGGAGAAAUACAACAUAAUGGUUCCAAAAACAGAAACUCUGUGCUUGGAAACCAUUUUGUCUGGUGAGACAGCUUGGCCAUGGCAGCUACCACACAGUGACACUGUUGAUUUAAGGACAAAAAGAAAGGCAUUCGACAUCAUUAUGUCACUAAGGCGACUUCAGGAGGAGCAGAAAAUUGUUGUUGCAGAGAUGAAUCAACAUUGGAAAUAUCUUUCAACUCGUGCUGAGACCCUCCGAGAACUGUCCUGCUUGUUUGCCAGCGAGAGUCUGAAAAUUUCGCAAUGUGGCCUAAGUGAAGAAGGUUUGAAAGGUCUGCAGAGCAUCAUCCACAGAAAGCAAUGUAAAAUCAGAGAUAUGAGGGUACAAGCAAGAAACUGUUACCUGCAUGUUUUGUCUGGAGCAGAGAACAUCAACCUUUUAAACAAAUCGUCAGCUGAUGACUAUGACAGUGAAAGUGACUUUGAAAAUUCUGAUGAUGAACUGUAAUGUAAAAACUUUUUUUUUCUUGACAGUGAACCAGUGACCUUAA